UUACUUUAUUGUUAGGUGCUUUUUUCACCCGAAAAAUGUUCAAAUUCCAACAUCGAAUUGCAGAACACAAUCAAAUUUGCAAUCAUGGGCGCUUCAGAAUCUGCCCUCUCGAGCUCGCAGCCGUUAAGGCACUGGCCGAUGAGAUCACUACGGUUUCCGAACGAUCGCAGAGCCUCGAUCCCAUUCUGGAGAGGCUCAAAUCCCUCAAAAUUUCAAUGCCGAUUCUGACGUCACCACCGGAGGAGGAGAGCAGCUUGACUGACAUUUUGCUCAGAAAGCCGUUGUCUUCAUCAGCUCACUCUACUGUGAAUCCAAAUGUGCUACUGGAGCUCUUCUCAAUGUAUCGUGAAUGGCAAGAUGAGAAGGCCCAACAGAUUAGCAAGAAGCAGGAAGAGAUUGAAAAUAAGAUAGAAGUUGCAGAUGCUUUGGCAACCAAACUUCUUCAACGGUUCAAUUAUUCCGUAUCAGCAAUGAAGACUACAUCACAGCAUCUAUCAGAAGUUCAUCCACUGCAAGUAGAGCUUGGGGAGCUCAAAGGAAGGUUAACUGAGGUAAUUAGUAACUGUGAUGCAUUAUGCAAGAGAAUCGCUGCAGAGGGACCAGAAUCUCUUCGGAAAACUGUUAAGCCAUUUGCAGUUGCUACCACCGACUCAGAUGUCAGCUGUAACUCAUCUUCUCAGCUAGAUCUAGAAAGAACUCUGCCUUCACAUGAAAUCAAGUCAGACAGACUUUCUCACUCUUAACCCUUUUUCUUGUAUAGAGUAAUUUUAUAACCCUUUUAGUCUUCAUUGAAGAUUGAGGUUCGUAAAUAGCCAUUAUCUAGCAUGCAAAUCUGAUAGGAUGAGAUACACUAAAAGACUUUUCCUGUUGUCCCAUUUUUAAGCAUCAGGCCCUCACCGACACGACAUUACAUGAAUUUAGAUAUAAACUUUCUUGUGCAAGAGACAAAGGAAAACCUAAAAAAAUCCCCCACCAGCCCAUUGCUUUGGUCCUAUUAAGUUGACAGAUGAAGCAAGAUUAAUAAAAGCCAGCUAUUGUUUGCUACUUGAAAGUAUCAUCUGAGCUCACGUGCAAAGUUCCACUCUGUUGAUGUUGAAAUAGACAUAAGCUCUGUUCUUGAUGACUGAAAAAUUCUUCUCUAUUAUUGUUUUGUAUGCAUAAUUAACGAGAGAAAAGUAUAUUUGAAAAUUGUUUAUUCAAAGAAUUUAUUUAUUUCAGUAAAAACAUUUCUAUAGAACAAA